AAUUUAAAAUAUUGUGUAAUAUAGUAUUUUUUCCCCCCUCUCAGGUGUGAUAUUACUGCUGCCUGUUUACUUUCUUUUUUAAGCCAAAUUUCAAUUUAGAAUUCUAUUUAUUAGGAUGACUGAUUCUGAUUCAUACAAAGGCUCCAUUAAGCGUGAAGCAUCUCAAGACGGUAUGGAAGAUUGUGAGGGUCCUUCUAAACGUCCUAGGAGUGGUGGUCGUGCAGUUGAUGUUCGUUUCUUAGUACAAAGCAAAAAUGCUGGUGCAAUUAUAGGAAAGGGUGGAUCGAAUAUCAACAGACUGAGGACUGAGUUCACAGCAAGUGUUACAGUUCCCGACUGCCCUGGCCCAGAACGUAUAUUAGCUAUUGUGGCUGACAUUGAAACUUUAGGUGACAUUCUGUUGGACAUACUUCCAAAACUUGAUGAUUACUCUCAUCAUCGUAAUAUGGAAUUUGACUGUGAACUGCGCAUGUUGUUACAUCAGAGCCAUGCAGGCUGUUUAAUUGGUAAAGGUGGUUCAAGAAUUAAAGAAUUGCGAGAGAAAACUGGAGCUCAAAUUAAAAUAUUUAGCAAUUGCUGUCCUAAUUCUACUGAAAGAAUUGUGCAAAUAACUGGGUAUCCUAAUGUUGUGGUAGACUGUGUGAAAGAAAUAUGCCACAUAGUUAGCACGGCUCCAAUAAAAGGCCCAAAUAAACAAUAUGAUCCUCAUCAUUUUAAUCCUAUGUUUUGUAAUGAUUAUGGCGGUUUUGAAGAUACUGGUCCAAAAGGAAGAGGUCGAGGCUCUUUCCGUGGAAGGCCUCCUCCACCUGCAUGGCGUGAUGAGGUAGUUGAUAACUUCAGUUUUGGUGGUCCUGAUGGAGGUUCUAAUCGUGGACGAGGGGGUUUCGGAGGAGGUUUCAGUGGUAGAGGUCGUGGAAUUAUGGGCCAAGGACCAAAUAUGGGAAAUCGCUGGAGCCAAAUGGGUGGACCUGGUGGUAAUGCUGGUGGUGGAAGUCUUGGUGCCUGGGCUACAGAUAGUGGUAAUUUCGGUGGUAAUCGAAUGAUGGGAUCAAUGAAUGGUUCAGGUGCAGGUAAUUUUCUGCCGCAAGGAUCAGUGGACAAACCUAUGGGACCUGGUAUGGGUGGGCCCCGGGCUCCCAUGAUGAAUACAGGCAUGGGCGGGUUUCAAGGUGGAGCUGGAGGUCCAGGUAUCAAUGGUCCUGGCAUUUCUUCUCGGUUUAUGGGAGGCCCUGUGAGACCAAUGAAAGGACAAGGAUAUGUUCCACCAGUACCUAACACAGGUGAACUUUUUAUGUCCAAACCUUCCCCGAAUCCCAAUGGGUCAUACACAAUUGUAAUGAAGAUACCAAAUGAUGUUGCUGGUGCAAUAAUUGGUAAAGGUGGUCAACGCAUACGUAAAAUAAGACGUGAUUCAAAUGCUACAAUAAACAUAGAGGAAGCUACACAAGGUACAAAUGAUCGUAUUAUAACUAUUACUGGUGCUCUUAACCAAGCACAGCUGGCACAGUUCUUGAUGCAACAAAGUGUGCGUGACAACCAAGGUGGUGGUGGUGGUCGACGUUAUUGAAACAACUGCAGAAAUUUAGUUUUUGCACGCUAGACUAUUUAAAGAAACAUUAUUCUACAUUUUUACAUCAUCAUUUAUGUUAGCAUUAUAAUGAAUGAAAAUAAUUCAUCUGUACAUUGUUCAAAAUCUGUUUAGAUAGAUAGACAUGUACACUUUAACUGGUACAAUAAAUAAUGGUUUGGCAUCAUUGUAUUUCAAAAACUUGAAAUAAAAUCGUUUUUAAAAACUGUU